GUUGGAGGGUUGAAGGGAUUUGAGUCUGACCUCAGGGUUCAGAUUGAAACGUUUCGGGGACUGUGAGGGUUUGGGUGUUUAUUUGACGAAUUCUGUUAUCGAAAGGAGAUAAAGUCAUGUUCUAUGGGGCGAUGGUAUGGGAUCCCUGGCUCAUUCUCUCCCAGAUUGUGUGCCUUCAAUGUUUAUAUUAUGUCACGCUGGGACUAUUCAUGUUCAUUCUUGUUGGGACUCGGGUAUCACGAAUGAGCCUUAUAUAUUUCUUUGAUUACUCAACUCUCACUAUUUCCACGGUAACUGGUUGGUGUGUCAUUGGUUCGUUUCUACUCAGCGCGCUUGCCGGGGCUUUUUAUGUGUUUCAUUUGGUUGAGAGAGCCAAAAAGUGCUUAGACUUUGCAGCCACCCUCUAUAUUGUCCAUCUCUUUAUUUGCAUAAUAUAUGGAGGAUGGCCAUCCUCAAUUACAUGGUGGGUUGUAAGUGGUACUGGUCUUGCAGUGAUGGUCUUUCUUGGUGAAUGGUUGUGCAUGCGACGCGAGCAGAGUGAAAUUCCCUUAACACGAUAUCGUUCAAAUGUUUGACAAACUCCACAUGCAAGAGGAUGUACAACGAAAUUUGGGUAAGGCUUGUCACAGACAAAUUUUGCAUCUUCCAAAGCAUGCUUAGAUCAGCUUUAUGUUCCAUUGUCCAUGCUGGUCAGCAGUAAGAGAAUACAAGUCAAACAAUAUGGGAGUAAUUU